AUGAGCAUGUGGGAACAGCCCGUGUCGAAACGACCCCUCCCCUCCCUCGCCAGCAUCGACGCCACCAAGAGUGUGCACCAUCCCAUGGAGAACAACUCGCACUCCCAACCGAUCCCCAUUCCUUCCUUCGGCACUUCAGGGAAUGUUCCUCUCCCUUCUCUGUCGAACCACCAACAUCACAGCUUCUCGGCAUCCACUGAAGCCGUACCGCUGGCGCUUCCGAAACUUCGCUCGAUGAGUCUGGGAGAGUACAUGCCGCAAGGUCGACAGCAUCACACGGAGCCUGAAGUCGCUCGAUUCAACAACCCUCAGGAGUUUCAUGUCAAGAACGAAAUCCCGAUCCCUCACAGCUGGACCCCCAACCACAGUCAUUUCCUGAAUCAACGGCAACCACUGAUAUCGCAUCCUCAGUCGGAAUUCUCGUUGUCGCGCAGCUGGACCACCAAUAGUGCCGCUCCUCACCUCAUGCCCCGGUAUUCUUCCAGCUCUAGCACGGCCGCGUCCAGCUGGAGUCCUUCCCCCACUGCCCUUCAGCAAAUGAGCCUGAACAACAACUCGUCGUCGUCUGACGAUGACGAACAACCCGAUGAAGAGAGCGACCCUCUGAACAGGGGCUCCACCCGCGUUUGUCGUACCAAGUCUUGCAAGAAUGUUGCGCGCUCCAAAGGCCUGUGUCGCUCGCAUGGUGGCGGCAAGCGGUGCACCGAGCCAGGUUGCAGCAAAAGCGCCCAGGCGAAUAAAAAGUGCAUUGCCCAUGGUGGUGGGACUCCGUGCUCGUUUGAAAACUGCGACAAGACCUCUCAAAGUCGGGGUUUAUGCAAGGCCCAUGGCGGCGGCGCCAGGUGUAAGUACCCUAGCUGCCCCAAGAGCAGUCAAAGCCGUGGUUUCUGCCGUGGGCACGGCGGCGGCGUGCGGUGCAAGGCGGAUGGAUGCGAAAAAUGGGUGCAGAAGAACGGGUUUUGCAUCAAGCACGGCCGUGAACAGCCUUGA